CGGACUACGUCAGUAUCUCCAGUAUUACCCGCCGGUUGGAGCUUCAGAACUUAUUCUAUCCCACCAAGCAUCUCAACCCGACAGUUCGCGUUCCCAUGCAAACCUUCAGGGCUUGCUAUAUUACAUAAAAUACCGGAAUACCACGUCUACCUCGAGCUUUGCGGCUCCAUCGCAAUGGUAUACAACGACAGCGAUAACCCCAAACCCGACCGUGGAUUCGAAGACCCUACUCCCCAAUCCGACAACGAUCGCUAUGACGAAUUCAAGGAACCUCCGAACCUGAAAAGGUUUGAAGGGACAUACCUCCCAAGGCCAUUCAUAGGGGCCCGGAUUCUGGGGCUCAACGAUGCGAAGGUAGCUUCAUCCGUCGACCAAGUCAUCAGAAGUGCUGAGAAAACCCUCGGGAGGCCGCCAACAGAAGAAGAAGCUUCCGCCCUGGCAUAUUGGGCAGCAAAGCAUUUGUCUUUAUUCUCAUACGGACCCAUCGCGGGGUUUGCUGGUGGGAUGAUGCAAGCGUACAGAACAGCGCCGUCGUUCAAAUUUCCAUUCGUCAAGCCCAACCCUGACACGUUCAAUCCCAAAGUCUUUCCAUCCGCUAGACUCGCCUGGGUGAUGGGCAUGGAGGCCAUUCCUUUUUGGCACGUAGCGAGGGUGUCUGCAUAUAGCACUGUUGGGAUGCUUGUUGGGACAAUGUUUUUUGGUAUCUACUCUUCCUCCGUGGCGACAGUUGGUAUGGUCGCGGAUGCGAGGUUAAAGGAUUUUUUGGCACAUGUUAAGUCACAGGCACAAAAUGCCCCCGGGUCAGGGCCGAGCCGUUCACGACGGCCAGUGCUACCAGUUCCUCGCGGGAGCCAAACGAAGCCAAGAGAACAGGCCACCGGAGACGACGCCAGCCCCAAUAGCGACUCAUUCUGGGGGACAAGCAACGAGGAGGGCCCGUUGAAUGGGGGACUUCUAGGUGCGGAAACUGCGAGAGAGUCCCAAAUCCCAGCACAACGCCCCGUGGGCGCCGCACCUAGAAGAGGCACUCAGCCUGCACCUACUGCAGAGAAAGAACUGUCAUACUUUGAUGAUGCAUCUCCAACCGGCGGCGUGGGAGUUACAGACGAGAUGUCAUCUGGCGGAUCAGCCUGGGAGCGCCUUCGGCAGCAAGGGCUCACGAAUGGGGGUUCACAGCAAGGGUCCUCAUCACAGCCCAGUCGGCAGCCUCGAGCUGAUUCCUCUGCUCAAAGUGGAUGGGGUAAUGGUGCCGAUACUGCCAGUAGCGCCCAGGCACCAGAGGGGCGUCAGAUGUCUGCAAGGGAGGCUGCUCAGCGAGAGUUCGACGAGCAGAUUGAACGGGAGAGACAGGGUGGAAGCUUUAACAGUAGGGGGUAAGACGCGGUAGAAUGUAAUACUACAACUACACAAAAUAAGACGCCUAUCUUGUACAGUACUUCAUGGGAUUUUCAGUGAAGAUUCGAGUUCAAAUUCAUAUUGGGCAGAUAAGUUUGCUAGCAUGUUUACAAGGCGUUGGCGAUGGUGGACCUAUCACGACAUCACUAGCAAUAGCUGCUUCUGUUAAGAAAUAUUCCCCGCGGCCACUCUAUCAUACACAGCCUUAUAU